GAGGCUGAAAACAGUUACUGUUCACUGAGAAAGCCAACAGAAGACGUCUACACGACCACAGUGCAACUCCAGGACAGAGGAGCAUCUGGAGGUCCAACAGGAGCAUCAGAACAUUCUGAAAAUUCAAAAAAGAAAGUCUGCCUUUUGAAGUUUCUGUUUUUCCUUUGUGGUUCCAUAUUAGCUUCAAUUGUCUUGUUGGCCAUUUACAAUUUGAUUUCCCUUCAAGGACAAAGGUGCUGUUGAUGAAAUGAAACAGAACUAUUCUAUCAAUGAGCAACAACUGAUGCAGCUGAGAAUGCAAUGUGACUCUUUAAAUAGAGAGCAUAGUAACCUAUCAGAGUACCAGAAAGCUCUGCAGAUGAACCUUUCCAGCCUGCAGUCUCUCUAUUUCAACCUGUCUGCAAAUCACACCAAACUGCUGUCCUAUUAUUCCGCACUGACCCAGGAGAAUGCUGAGUUUUCUGCAAUAAUUGAAAAGCUGAAUAAACAAUGUCCAAUAUCAAAUUCAUCUUCUCAAAGCAGGACUCGUUAUGUUUGUCCACAGAGCUGGAUGUUGUUCAACUCAAAGUGUUACCUUUUCUCCAGUAAUAUGCUAACCUGGGCAGAAGGCCUUGAUGGCUGCAGACAAAAUGGGGCACACCUGGUGAUCAUAGAGAGUGAACAAGAGCAGGCAUUUUUAUUAAAUGAGUUGAGCAAACAAAGUCCCCAGAAGCCUUACUGGAUUGGACUGAAUGACAUUGCUACUGAAGGACAAUUUUUCUGGGUGGAUAACAAACGUCUGGACCCAAGCAAAAGCUUCUGGGGUGUGAAUUGGGAUGGAUCAAAGGAGCCAGAUAACUGGAGAAAUCAAGAAGACUGUGUGCAAAUACAGAAAACCACUACUUGUAGUGGCUGGUAUGAUGUCCGCUGUUCAGACAUAAACAAUGUUAUCUGUGAAAGAGAAGCAGAAGGAAUUGCACUGUGACCUUUAAGUGAUAAAUCACACAGAAUCUAUAGCAUCACCGGAAAAACUCUAGAUUGGCCGUAACUCAGAGACACUGAUUUAUUUUGCAGUUUCUCUGAGUUCUCAGAUAUCUGCACACCCAGGUCACUGAGAUAUUAAAAGUGCACCUGCUGUCAUUGUCACCUGGUCACAAAGUCACCCUUAUCUCAUUUCCUUGAGUCUUUUGAAUGACAUUUUUAACAUACUUGACAUUUCAAUGAUAUGUGAAGAAAAAUGCAUGUUCAAAGGUAAAAUUCACUUUAAACAAUAAUUUUCAGUACUGUGUGAUCAAAUGUAUUGUCAUGGGCAGCAAAAAAUGUUAAUGGAGGUCAGAAAAACAUUGUUCAGGACAUAUAAUGGAGGUAAGCAUGCAGGAAAUGACCAAAGUUUGAAGUUGCAGGAGAAGAGAAAAUAAAACUUAAAUCAAAAACAAAACUGCAAUUCAAAAAUCAAAAUUAUCUCUAGUCAAAUGGCCUUUCCCUGACUUACAGGAAAACAAAGUAAAAUUUAUUUUGUAAAAAUGUCUUAAAUCCAAAGCUAGGAUAUCAUCUUAGCAAAUCAUGAUAUAACUUGAUGGUUCAGAAAGAAGAACAGAAAAUGGCAUUGAUAGAAUAUCAAUGAAAAAUGUGUAAAUAACCACAAAAACGAAUGGAAGUAGUAAUAAAAUGAUUCAGAGUAAACACAAGGAUGCCAAAGCCCAGAAACCAUUAAAUGUGAAGGACAUUUGUAGAAAGAGCAUUUCUUUGUGAGCAGAUUGAUGAUGAUAAAGUGAAACUUGUUGGGGAGUCAUGAAGGCUGUGUGUGCGAGGGUCAAAAGCUACAUGGAGAUUUCUGGCAAAAAGACAACAUGGAUUAAGUUAAUCAUAACAUUGUGAAAUUAUUACAAUUUAAUCUGUUCACCUUAUA